AUGACUACCACCCUGGUUCUCCUGGCACGCAAGAUGCGCACCGACAGCGAGGUGGUGCCUGGCCAUUGGCCAUACCAGUAUCAGUGUGCUGCUGGAGGCUUUGAGGCACAGAAGACCAAGUUCUCGAUCAAGGAGACGGCCGAGAACAGCCUGGAGGAGUUAAUCGUCAAGAACAACUUGCUGGAGCUCAACAUUAAGCGGGAGCAUCGCCUGGUGGAGUUGGCUACAUCGGCCAUCGCUAACUUCGCGGCCUUCUUCGAACGUGCAGACCAAGAGCCGCUCGGCUGCGACGAUACACCAAUCGACUGGGAAGCCCUGAUCGACGAUGCAGUUGCUGCAGCCAUGGCUCUGUCCACCAUGGCUACAUGGCGCAGGCCGAUGAAGCUGGCUGCUGAUACUCAGGAUUGGCAAAUGCUGGACGAGAGAUUCACCUACCUGCGAGCCCUGACCCACUUCCUGGGACAAGACCACCUGAAUUCUAACCAGCAGCUCCAACUCUCCGAGGAGGUGGAUCGAGCGCAGGAGCUGCUCGACGAUCUGUGGCCUCAGCUCCAAAACGGAUGGUUCUAUAAGCGCCAACAUACUAUAGUGAUGCUCUGCCUCUGCCACAUGGCCAGCUACUAUGCGCGGCAGGACUACAGUUCGUUUUCGAUUGGACUACAGCGGAAGACGCGGUGCAGCAGCCUGCCUAGGAGGCCGUCGCCCCUGCGACAGCUAGACACGCUGGUCGACAGCGUGCGCAACUACUGCACAGUGUCCAGCGUGGACCUGGGAGCCCUGCAGCUGCUGCUGGCUGACCUCGUGAGGGAGAGCACCGAGUAUGCGGCCAAUCGGCUGACCGCGCCGUUCGCCUUUUACGGCACCACGCUUAACCUGGUGCUGCAGUCGGGUAUGGCCCUGCGGACCAUUGAGGUGCUCAUCUCGUGGCUCUGGAUGAACCUGCAGAAUGAGUACCUGGACCAGGCGCAGUCCAAGCUGCGCCUCCUGGACCAUUUGCUCGCCAUCAAGCCGCUUAGUCGAACGCUGGUGGAGCAGACAUCGGCCAAAUACAUCCCCGCAAUAGCCGCCAAGGAAGAUCACAAGGCGAAUGCCAUGAGCGAGCUGACCAGCAACAUGCUGCUCAUGCAGCUCGUGGAGCCGAUAAAGAAGCAGAACCAGCUGGACGUGGCCACACUCAAGUCUCUGCCCAUGCACGAGCCAAUUCCCACCAGCCAUCAGCUGCAGCGCUAUGUGAGCAAGCAAGGGAUGCCGCCCCAUCUACGGGACAGCAUGCAGCUGCAAUGUUUCUACUUUAUCGUGGGAUGUCUCCAUGCCCGCUUAAACUUCUUGAAAAGGGAGACCGAUCAGCUGGACGACUUCUACGUAGGGGCAGGCAAUUGGCUGCAGGAGGAUCCCGUACGCACCGCCACACUGGGCUCCAUGCUCAUCGUGCACGAACUCUACCACAUCAACUAUCUUCGCUUCAGAAAGAAGAACAAGGAGGCUCUCAGCUAUGCGGAGGCAGCUCUCAAAUCAGUGCCCCAAACGGCGGACAUCAACUAUAGCUUCAACCUCAUGGUCCAGAUAAAGACGGCCCGGUUGGAGCUGCAUCUCGCUUUUAACACUUCGCCAGAGGAUAAACGCAGGAAAGGUGUUGUUGAGGGGACUACAAGGCAAAAUCAUCUGCCAGAAAGACGCCCAGGUUCAAGAUAUACACGGAGCUGGAAUUGCGACCACCCAUCGGCUGCAGCAACAGCAGCAGCAAGAGCGGCAAUGAGAACACGCCACCAUCGGAUCAUGUGGAUCUGAAUGCCUGCCAGACGAUCGAGAUAAGCGAUGACGAUGCUGCUUCGGUUUCAGCUUCGACUCCGGCUCCCUCUCAACUGACCCGAUCCCAAUCUGUGCCAGCCAAGGCCACAAAGACACGCUCCGCUAGAAUUGGUAG